GGACGAGGAGAAGGGGUGGGAGGAGGAGGUACCAAGGUGAAGGAGGACGAGGACGAGGACGAGGACGGUGACCGUGAGUGUGUUGUGGUUCAAACUCGUUCAAACUCGCGCCACAGGAGGAUGUCUGUGAAUGCUCGGGUUAGCAGUAUUGGGAUUAGUCCUUUGGCUAUUGUUGCUGCUGUGGAGGUCUAACAACAAGCUGGCUGCGAUGCCUGAGAAAGGAGAGGAAUCUCCAUUUGGCUGUGGCUCCUCAGCAGCUGAGGACGACACACCGGCUUCACACAGUCCUCGUCCAGGCCAACAUUCCCGGUCCCCGGUGCCCCCUACCUCAACACAUCAGGAGAGUCACAGUUCCAUGGCCGACAGCGCCUCUGCAGGUCCUGUCACCAGAGCUAUGGACUCUGAGCCUCCACAGUUCUCCUCUGAGGGAACAGCAACUCAGAAACCCAGCAAAACCAAAGCGCCGAUGUUCAGCUCAGGACCUGAGGUGAGGCCACGCCUCAAAUUCGUCCUUGGAGCAUCAGAGGAUUAUUCCUCUGAUGACGAGGCUUUGGCCACCAAACCUCCAAGUGGUGCGUCCCAGCCUUCGGUUUCCACCCGGAAAUCUACUCCUCCGACGUCCACUGCAGCCACGUCGUCCAGCCUCACGGUCAUCAAGCCUAGCAUGUCUGGUCUUCAUUUAGUGAGAAAAGGACGUGAACACAGAAAGAUGGAUCUGCACAGGGACUUCACUGUGGCCUCACCUGCUGAGUUUGUCACUCGAUUCGGUGGCAAUCGUGUCAUCGAAAAAGUGCUGAUAGCAAACAAUGGUAUCGCUGCAGUCAAAUGUAUGCGUUCUAUCCGACGCUGGUCCUAUGAAAUGUUCCGCAAUGAGAGGACUAUUCGUUUCGUGGUCAUGGUAACCCCUGAAGACUUGAAAGCUAAUGCAGAAUACAUUAAAAUGGCAGACCAUUAUGUGCCUGUACCUGGUGGGCCAAACAAUAACAACUAUGCCAACGUAGAGCUUAUUGUGGACAUCGCAAAAAGAAUUCCAGUGCAGGCUGUGUGGGCUGGUUGGGGCCAUGCGUCCGAAAAUCCCAAACUGCCUGAGCUCCUGAACAAAGCAGGGAUAUCAUUCUUAGGGCCGUCCAGUAAGGCCAUGUGGGCUCUUGGGGAUAAGGUGGCUUCAUCUGUUGUGGCCCAGAGUGCUGACAUUCCCACAUUACCCUGGAGUGGAUCAGGUCUGAGAGUGGACUGGACAGAGGAGGACCAAGGACGAGGCAAUGUGAUCAGUGUUCCUCCUGAGGUCUACAAUAAGGGCUGUGUUCUUGACGUGGAUGAUGGCCUGGCUGGAGCUGAGAGAAUUGGUUAUCCAGUUGUAAUCAAGGCCUCUGCGGGCGGUGGUGGAAAGGGUAUCCGUAAAGUGGAAAGUUCUGAGGAUUUUCCCAGUUUAUUUAGACAGGUUCAGACAGAAGUACCAGGCUCCCCCAUCUUCAUCAUGAAGCUGGCUCAGCAUGCAAGACACCUCGAGGUUCAGAUACUGGCCGAUGAAUAUGGAAAUGCUAUUUCGCUGUUCGGACGGGACUGCUCCAUCCAGAGAAGGCACCAGAAGAUCAUAGAGGAGGCUCCUGCCACCAUAGCUUCUCCCUCAACGUUUGAGCAAAUGGAAUGGUGUGCUGUGCGACUUGCCAAGAUGGUGGGUUAUGUGAGUGCAGGCACUGUGGAGUAUCUCUUCUCCGAAGAUGGAAGUUUCCAUUUCCUGGAGCUGAAUCCUCGGCUGCAGGUUGAACAUCCGUGCACAGAGAUGAUCGGCGACGUAAACCUGCCUGCUGCCCAGCUUCAGAUUGCAAUGGGAAUCCCGCUUCAUAGAAUUAAAGACAUCCGCUUGCUUUAUGGUGAAAGUCCAUGGGGCGACACCAUCAUUAACUUUGAGACUCCAGACUGCAUGCCAAAUCCAAGAGGGCAUGUCAUUGCUGUCCGCAUCACCAGCGAGAACCCCGAUGAGGGUUUCAAACCAAGUUCUGGCACCGUGCAGGAGCUGAACUUCCGCAGCAGUAAAAACGUGUGGGGUUAUUUCAGCGUGGGUGCGACUGGUGGCCUGCAUGAAUUUGCAGACUCUCAGUUUGGACACUGUUUCUCCUGGGGCGAGAACCGCGAAGAGGCCAUUUCGAACAUGGUGGUGGCUAUGAAGGAACUGUCCAUCAGAGGUGACUUUAGGACAACGGUUGAAUACCUCAUCAAGCUACUGGAGACAGAGAGCUUCAGAAACAAUGACAUUCACACGGGCUGGUUGGAUCAUCUCAUCGCAGAGAAAGUGCAGGCGGAGAGACCAGACACCAUGCUGGGCAUUGUUUGUGGGGCGUUACAUGUCGCCGAUGCUGCUUUCAGAAAGAGCAUGUCUGACUUCCUCCAUUCCCUGGAGAGAGGUCAAGUACUGCCUGCAGCCAGUCUCCUCAACUCUGUCAGUGUGGAUCUAAUAUAUGAAGGAGUCAAGUACUGCCUCAAGGUGGCUCGCCAGUCCCCAACAACUUACGUCAUCAUGAUGAACGGGUCAAACAUUGAAAUAGAUGUCCACAGGCUGAGCGAUGGGGGCCUCCUGCUGUCCUACGACGGCAGCAGCCACACAACCUACAUGAAAGAGGAAGUUGACAGAUUCCGCAUCACUGUGGGCAACAAGACGUGCGUAUUUGAGAAGGAGAGAGAUCCCACUGUGCUGAGAUCGCCCUCUGCUGGCAAGCUGCUGCAGUACAUUGUUGAGGAUGGAGGUCAUAUUGAUGCGGGAGAGAUAUAUGCUGAGAUUGAGGUGAUGAAGAUGGUGAUGACUCUGACUGUACAGCAGUCUGGUUGUAUCCACUUCAUCAAGAGACCUGGAGCAGUACUGGAGACUGGCUGUGUGGUGGCACAUAUGGACCUGGAUGACCCCAGCAGUAUACACCGGGUGGAACUCAACACGGCCACGCUGCCACCUCAGCAGCCGCUGCCCAUGGUUGGAGAAAGGCUUCACCAGGUGUUUCACAGUGUGCUUGAAAAUCUGAUUAAAGUCAUGGAUGGCUACUGUCUAGAAGAGCCCUUCUUCAGCGUCAAGCUGAAACAGUGGGUGGCUACUCUGAUGAAGACUCUAAGAGACCCCUCCCUGCCUCUGUUGGAACUUCAGGAGAUCAUGACUAGUGUGGCGGGUCGUAUUCCACGUAGUGUUGAGAAAGACAUCCGUAAAGUCAUCGCUCAGUAUGCGAGCAACAUCACUUCUGUCCUCUGCCAGUUCCCCAGUCAAAGGAUUGCAAAUAUUCUAGACUGCCAUGCAGCAACUCUGCAAAGGAAGGCUGACCGUGAGGUUUUCUUCAUUAACACUCAGAGUGUUGUACAGCUGGUGCAAAGGUACCGCAGUGGAAUCCGUGGUUAUAUGAAGUCUGUGGUUCUUGAUCUGCUCAAGCGCUAUCUACAAGUAGAGAUGCAGUUUCAGCAAGCUCACUAUGACAAGUGCGUCGUUAAGUUGAGAGAGCAGCACAAACUCGACAUGAGUCCCGUGCUGGAGUUCAUCUUCUCUCAUGCCCAGGUGUCUAAGAAGAACGUGCUGGUCACAAUGCUCAUAGACCAACUGUGCGGAAGGGAUCCCACUCUGGCAGAUGAGCUGAUGGCCAUCCUUAAUGAACUCACACAACUCAGCAAGAUGGAAAACUCAAAGGUGGCUUUGAGAGCCAGACAGGUCUUGAUCGCCUCCCAUUUGCCAUCAUACGAACUGAGACACAACCAGGUGGAGUCGAUCUUCCUGUCAGCCAUCGACAUGUACGGCCACCAGUUCUGUCCAGAGAACUUGAAGAAACUGAUUCUCUCUGAAACGUCCAUUUUUGACGUUUUGCCCAAUUUCUUCUAUCACGCCAAUCAAGUUGUUUGCAUGGCUGCUUUGGAGGUGUAUGUGCGCAGAGCAUAUAUCGCCUAUGAGCUAAAUAGCAUCCAGCAUCACCAGCUGCGGGAUGGAUCAUGUGCUGUAGACUUCCAGUUCAUGUUGCCAUCGUCGCAUCCAAACAGAGGGAGCAGCCCCACUCUGAACAGACUUCCUUUGCCAACACAUGGAUCGGGGCAGUUUAACACAAGGCAACAGGGAAGUGAGCUUUUCCUGGAUGGAGCCUUACCCUGCCAGCGUAUGGGUGCCAUGGUGGCGUUCCAGUGUUUUGAUGACUUCAGAAGGAAUUUUGAUGAAGUUCUUUCUAGCUUUGCAGAACCACUCAUGGAGAGUUCUCCAUUAGAGUCCUGCUCUAGUCUCUAUGAGGAGACGAAUUGCAAGUAUUCAAAAGACAACCCGAUCCACAUCAUCAACGUGUCCAUAAAAUCUGCAGACACGGAGGACGACAAUGCUUUAGUCACAGCUCUUACUGCCUUCACUCAGUCAAAGAGAGCUAUCCUCUUCGAGUACGGAAUCAGGAGAAUCACAUUUUUGAUCGCACAGAAGAGAGAAUUUCCCAAAUUCUUCACUUUCAGAGCAAGAGAUGAGUUUCAGGAGGAUCGUAUUUACCGCAAUCUGGAGCCAGCGUUAGCAUUUCAGCUGGAGCUCAACCGUAUGAGGAACUUUGACCUGAGAGCCGUUCCCUGCGCCAACCACAAGAUGCAGCUCUACCUCGGUGCCGCUCGUGUCCAGGAGGGAGCUGAAGUCACAGACUAUCGCUUUUUCAUCCGAGCCAUCAUCCGCCACUCAGAUCUCAUUACAAAGGAAGCCUCUUUUGAGUACCUUAAAAAUGAGGGAGAACGUCUCCUCUUGGAGGCCAUGGAUGAGCUGGAGGUGGCCUUCAGUAACACCUGCGUCCGCACUGACUGCAACCACAUCUUCCUCAACUUUGUCCCAACUGUCAUCAUGGACCCGUCCAAAAUCGAGGAGUCCGUCCGCUCCAUGGUGAUGCGCUAUGGCAGCCGUCUUUGGAAGCUGCGGGUCCUGCAGGCAGAACUGAAGAUCAACAUUCGCCUGACAACAACAGGAAAUGCCAUUCCUAUCCGUCUGUUUCUCACCAACGAAUCUGGCUAUUACCUGGACAUCAGCCUGUACAAGCAAGUCACUGACAAGAGUUCUGGACAGAUCAUGUUCCACUCGUAUGGAGACAAGCAGGGUCCUCUGCAUGGUAUGCUGAUUAACACUCCUUAUGUGACCAAAGACCUGCUGCAAGCCAAACGCUUCCAGGCUCAGACUUUGGGCACAACAUACGUCUACGACUUCCCUGAGAUGUUUAGACAGGCACUUUUUAAGAUGUGGGGUUCUGGGGAUAAAUACCCUGAAGACGUGCUGAUUUGUACUGAGCUGGUUCUGGACCCGCAAGGUCGGCUGGUGCAGAUGAACCGCCUGCCGGGAGACAAUGACGUGGGAAUGGUUGCCUUUAGGAUGAAGAUGAAGACUCCGGAGUACCCAGAGGGGAGAGACAUCAUCGUCAUCUGUAAUGACAUCACUCACAUGAUUGGCUCGUUCGGUCCUCAGGAGGACGAGCUGUUCCUCAGAGCCUCUGAGCUGGCUCGGGCCGAGGGCAUCCCACGCAUUUACGUCGCAGCCAACAGUGGAGCUCGCAUUGGCCUCGCGGAAGAACUCAAACACAUGUUCCAGGUGGCAUGGAUUGACCCCAAUGACCUGUACAAGGGUUUCAAGUAUCUUUACCUGACACCUCAGGAUUACACACGCAUCAGCUCAACCAACGCUGUUCACUGUCACCAUGUAGAGGAAGGUGGAGAGUCAAGAUACAUCAUCACCGACAUCAUCGGCCAGGAUGAUGGUCUUGGUGUUGAGAACCUGCGAGGUUCUGGCACCAUUGCUGGAGAAUCUUCUCAGGCCUAUCAGGAGGUUAUCACCAUCAGUAUGGUUACGUGUCGUGCUAUUGGUAUCGGAGCCUAUCUGGUGCGUUUGGGACAGCGAGUCAUCCAGGUGGAGAACUCUCACAUUAUCCUGACUGGAGCAGGUGCUCUGAACAAGGUCCUGGGCAGAGAGGUCUACACGUCCAACAAUCAGCUGGGUGGUGUCCAGAUCAUGCACAAUAAUGGAGUCACUCACACCACCGUGCCAGAUGACUUUGAGGGCGUCUUCACCAUCCUCCAGUGGCUCUCCUACAUGCCAAAGAACAAACACUCUUCUGUGCCUAUUAUCGCAGUGACAGAUCCAGUUGACAGAGAGAUAGAGUUCACUCCCACCAAAGCCCCGUAUGACCCUCGCUGGAUGCUGACUGGUAGACCUCACCCCACAGUGAGAGGCGCUUGGCAGAGUGGAUUCUUUGACCACGGCUCUUUCAUGGAGAUCAUGGGGUCUUGGGCUCAGACGGUGGUUGUGGGAAGAGCAAGGUUAGGAGGAAUUCCCCUUGGUGUCAUUGCCGUUGAAACUCGCACAGUUGAGUUCACUGUCCCAGCCGAUCCAGCCAACCUGGACUCCGAAUCUAAAGUUCUACAGCAGGCCGGCCAGGUGUGGUUUCCAGACUCCGCCUUUAAAACAGCGCAGGCCAUCUGUGACUUCAACCGCGAACGUCUGCCUCUCAUGGUGUUUGCCAACUGGAGGGGCUUCUCUGGAGGAAUGAAGGAUAUGUAUGACCAGAUAUUAAAGUUUGGAGCCUAUAUUGUGGAUGCUUUGCGUGGUUUCCAUCAGCCGGUGCUGGUGUACAUCCCACCACAUGCUGAGCUGAGGGGAGGGUCUUGGGUGGUGAUUGACCCCACCAUCAACCCACUGUGUAUGGAGCUCUAUGCUGACAGGGAGAGCAGAGGGGGAGUGCUCGAGGCCGAGGGUACAGUGGAGAUCAAAUUCAGGAGGAAAGAUCUGCUGAAGACCAUGAGAAGACUAGAUUCAGUCUACGCUAGUCUGGUUGAGCAACUCGCUUCUCCAGAGCUUUCUGAAAAACAGAUCAAAGAGCUGGAGUCAAAGCUCAAAGCGAGGGAAGAAUACCUGUUGCCCAUCUACCACCAGGUGGCAGUGCAGUUUGUGGACCUCCAUGACACCCCAGGGAGGAUGCAGGAGAAAGGUGUCAUCACUGAUAUUUUGGAUUGGAAGAAUGUGCGGACCUUCUUUUACUGGCGUCUGCGUCGCCUCCUGCUGGAGCAGGUCGUGAAAUGUGAGAUUCUGCAGGCCAACAAGGACCUCAGUGACGGACACAUGCAGUCCAUGCUGCGGCGCUGGUUUGUUGAAACGGAGGGAACAGUCAAGGCUUACCUUUGGGAUAACAAUAAAACCGUGGUCGAGUGGCUCGAGAAGCAUUUGUCCAAGGAGGACGGCACUCAGUCGGCAAUCCGAGAGAACAUCAAGUACUUGAAAAGAGAAAACACUUUGAAACACAUCCGCAGUCUGGUGCAGGCAAACCCUGAAGUAGCCAUGGACUGCAUCAUCCACAUGAGCCAGAACAUCACUCCGUCCCAGAGGGCCAAGCUCUCGCAUCUCUUCACAACUAUGGACAGCACCAGCACCAGUUAAGCUCAGGGGCUCACCAGAGUAUUCUAUUAAAAUAGAUUUUACACAGGGGUUUGUUUGUUAAAUAAUUAUAAUUUCGCAGGAUUUUGGUAGGGACGAUUCUUUGCGAGGCACACUUUUCACAAAGUGACUUAUUCUUUUUAUUUUUUACUUGUCACAAAACCACUACACUGUUCUGUCUGUCUGUUUGUCUUUUACUUUGGUGAAAGUGUUUGUACAUAAUUGAGUGUUUAUUUAAAAGUAUUCAUUGAAAUCCUAAAGCAGUUUUCAAGUCAAAGAAAGUGAAAGUUUGUAGUUUUCUGCAUGGACUGAAAAAAUAUAGGAAUUUUACCAGGAUUAUGGAGCAAAAACAGAACUUUAAAGGGCAGGUUAAUUUUGUUCUAACGCAGCAGUAGUUAGUCAUUUCACUGAUGCUGGACUCAGGGGUCGCUCUUUUUCAUUGUCACUUUCAGUUUGUUUGUUUAUCUUUUUUUUUUUUUUCAUAUGUGCUAAAGACAAUGAUAGGAAUGACGGGUCCUUUUGAGAUUUGUUGGUGCAUUUGAAGCAAUUCUUAAGACUCGAGGUUUUCGCCAAGGAGGAAUACUAUUUGGCCGAGUGUUGAUGUUGUCAUUUUUCUUACCUCUGAUCAGAACACCACAAAUAUCAACCAUGACAUUUCAUUUCAUUGAAUGUAUUUAAAAAAUCCUUUUUGGUAUCUUGUAUUCCACACAAGGGCUGUUGUUAAUAAAUAUCACGGAUAAAUUAUUU